UGUCCCUCUUUGUCCGGUGGCGAUACAAGGCCAUGAUAAUUAUGGCAAAAUUUGCGUUUUUGAAUGAAUUAUAGUUGAAUGGUGGAUCAACAAGCAUACACCGAGUGAGGACGGGUUUGCUGGCAAUGACACACCAGAGAGUUUCAAUUUAAAGGACAGCAGAGCGAGCAACGGAGAAAGGGUACAGUUUGCUUCCAAGACAAGUCUGCAAGAUGGCUAGCUAUCUUCAGUGGCAUGCUAACGUUAGCUAGCAAGCUAAUGUUAGCAUAGUAAACAACAGUUUAACAAAAAAAAAAAUAAUUGCUUUACCUUUUUUUUUUUUUUAUAUACAUGCUGUGAUAAGUGGAAUUGAAUGCACAUUUUCACGAAUGAAUGUAGACAAGACAGGCCACGGUUUCGGUUAAUGUUUCGGUGAAAUCUCAACGCUGCUAGCAAAAAGCCACAUUGAGUAACGUGGCUAGCUGGUUAGCCAAGGUAGUCACUAGCUAGCUGGUCGAGUUGUUGUUUUUUUUUUUUUUUUUUUUAUUUGCUACACAUCUGUAAGUGAUCAUUUAGAGAGGGAGGUGGAGUGGCUCUCUAACGUUGCUUGUACUGGCAGUGGAGCCAGGGCUAACAAGCGACCAGAAACUGACAUCAACACGAACUUGUGAUAAAUAACGUGAACCAGUUCCGUUUUACCUGACGUUUUAUUGGGUGACCAAAUCCCGGCGUGACAGACACCCAAAGAUUUGCAGCUGGAAAAAGGAGUUUGCAGACCUGGGCCGGCGUUUUUUAUUUUAUUUUUUAUAUAUAUAUAAAUAUAAAUACCAUCCAGUUAACCGAUACGUGUCAGCUAUACGCUGUGGGGAUCAUUAUUAUUAUUAUUAUUAUUAUUAUUAUUAGCGGUAUUGACAUGACCUGAAGGCAGAUUCCACCUACUCGGCUCAUAGCCUUUCCAAGACGUCGUCAUUUUUAACUUUUUUUUUCUUGCAUAUGAACGGUGAUAUGCCACUUCACCGACAGUCAUAUUAGCUAAUGGCUGCCGAAUCGGGGAGACUACUGGCGGGACAAGGAAAACGCAAAGCUUCACAGAUGAAGAGCCCGGAGAAGAAGAAGGCGAGGAAAUCCACCACUCAGGCGGCGGGGUUCUCCCACCUCACUGAGUUUGCGCCGCCUCCUACCCCCAUGGUGGACCACCUGGUUGCCUCCAACCCCUUUGACGAUGACUUCGGGCCCCCAUCCCGACCUACUGGGGCAGGUGGCCCAGGUAGUGCUCCAUUUCUUCCCAGCCCAGGCGCAGGCGGAGGAGGUGGAUAUGGAGGUGGAGGCAGAAUGGCCGGAGGAGGAAUGGGGUUCAUUGGAGGUCCAGGAGGACCAGGUGGCGGCCAGCCCGGACGGAGGCCACCAUUCGGCCCUCCAUCCAAUGCUGGGCCUCACCACCAGCUAGGCUUUGGAGGAAUGCCUGGCUUUGGAGGUGGUGGUGGGGGCGGCAGCGGGGGAGGAGGAGGAGGUGGCGGAUUCCCCCCUGGUGGCCCUUCUCAGUUCAAUAUGCCACCUAACUUCAGUCCACCCAUGCACCCCGGGCCAGGUUUCAAUCCCAUGUUGUCUCCGGGGGGUAUGGGAGGUCCUGGAGGAGGGGGACCACCCCACCCUCGGUUUGGGAUGCCUCCACAGCAGCAGCACGGACAGGGUGGACAUCCAUUUAACAGCCCACCAUUACCUGGUGGAGGAGGCCCCAGAGGACCGCCACAUGGCCCCCUGCCUCCCAUGGGAGGAGGCAUGGGUCCUGGGAUGAACAUGAUGGGUGGCAUGGGUGGUGGCCCUGGAGGCAACAUGGUGGGCGGUUUGCCAGGUAUGCCCCCUCAAGGACAGUUCCCUCCCUCACAGGAUGGCCCCUACCCAGGCCCCAGUCCACCAGGACCAGGCAACGAGGAUGGAAAGAACUUUGGUGGAGGAGGGGCGCCGCCUGGGCCCCAACAGCAGCAGCAACAGCAGCAGCAGCAACAGCUUAACCUAAAUCCCAACGGCCCCCCUCCUAAUAAUACCACUCCCGGCCCUCCUCCCAACUCUGGCCCACCACAGCCAGGGGGAGGCUUCCCUGGCCACCCUGAUGUCCAGCAGCCUAACGCCAAUACACCUGGUCAGCCUCCCUCAGCACCGCCCCAGCCUAAUCCCAACUCUUCUCCUACUGGUCCCCUGAAUGGAUCAGGCCAGCCCCAGCAUCCACCACCCAGUCAGCUACAACCCCCUAGCAAUACAAACACCCCCAACUCUAACAACUCUACCCAGCAGCAGCAGCAACAAUCCACCCCACCUAACUCAGCCCCCGGCUCCACCCCUUACAACCAGCAGAACAACACUCCUGGCGCUGGUGGUCCCAUGCCUAACGCGGCCCCCAAUUCAGGUCAGAACAACAUGACCAACAACAACGGAGGCAACACUCCCGGCAGCAACCCCAACCCCCCUAACUCCACUUCGACCCCGAACACGCAGUCCCCCCUGCCCCCUGGCCCGGCUGCUCCCUCGACUGGACCCGGUUCUGGCCCCGGAAAACUCGGUGGCCCCGGGAUGGUCUUCCCCUGCGGCCUUUGUAUGGCGGAGGUGCAUGACGAUCAAGAUGCCAUCCUGUGCGAGGCAUCGUGCCAACGCUGGUUCCACCGUGACUGCACAGGCCUGACAGAGCCAGCGUACGGGCUGCUGACUCGAGAGAGUGCUGCUGUUUGGGCCUGUGACUUCUGCAUCAAGACCAAGGACAUCCAGGCUGUGUUUGUGCGCCAGGGAUUAGGCCAGCUGGUGGCAGCUAAUGAGAGUUGAGGAGAGAACGACAAAGGAGCAGCGCGGAGGUGCGAUGCAUAAGGACAAAUAGAGACAUUGUUUGCUCUGAUGUAAUUGAAUGACCUGUGUGUCACGUCAGCUACUUGCCCAACUUUUCUCUUGACUAGCCCUUUACUUGUUCACUACACAGAGAAAACACACUCAUUGACGUUCAUGCUUAUAUAUAGCACUUUGAGUGUGAGGCAAAUGCUUUUCUCCAACCCCCCCCCCCUUCCUAAAGGAGUCAAAUCAUGAUGAAUGUUAAACUACACGGUCCUUCAGACAUCUAGCCUGCCAACCAGCAAAGCACUGACACCAACACACUACCUCACACACUUUGUGACUGACUGGCACGGAGGCUCCCGCACUGACUGACUGUGAUUGACUCGCCACACUCGUGCACCACAUGAGUAUGAUGACAUUUCAAACACACAUACACGCAAACCCACGUAAUGCGGGGACAGUAAUGUUAAAAUAUUCCUCUAUUGAUAGAGUGACUCAAAGCAUCAACAUUAUUCUCAGAUUUUUCACGGCUUUAAAUUAAAACAGACAUGGAUCUUUUUAAAACUGAAAAAAAAAAAAAAUGAUUGAAAGAGUGCCUGAAAAUCUAAAAGGGUAGUCACAGCUUUAUUUGCUAUCAAAAUGCUUCAUUCUAGCACUGCCCUCUCACAUUGUUAGCCUUUUUACUGCAAGCAAGUGAAAGAAAAUGGAAAAAUUCAUCAGUUCAUUCAUCUCGAGCAUAUUGUGAAGCAGAUCAUUGGAGGGGGAAAAAAAAAUUGUUUUCCAGUUCAGUUUAUCAAUUCCUGCACACACACACACACACACACACUUUCUCUUUGACUUCUUGUAUCUGUUUUUUUUUUUUUUAUUUUAAAACCCAGCGCUGAUUAAUCCAAAGGAGACCUGGGCCGAGAUAUCCAUACCUCACAGAGAGGAUUUUACCACCAAAAUAGUUGUAAAUAUUAGGACAAAUCAUUUGUCUGGAACUCCCAUCAGUUGUGAACAUGCCAGAGAGUUGACCAAUGAACAAAAUUAUAAGUUGAACUUAUGUGUCUUGGUUGUAUACAGUAUGACGUUUUGGGUUUUAUACAGUACAUUUGAGUCAACCAUUUCUUUUUAUCUCUGCAGUACACAAGAAUUGUGAAAUCAGUGCUUUUGGAUGGUGUUGGCAUAGCAAGUAGUGACAUCAUGUCAUAUCAGAUGUGCAUAGUCCUUUUUUUAAAAAUUAAAAAAAAAAACAGGGGAGGGGGGUGCAUGUGAACCAAUGCAGUAACUGUCUGAUCUGUUUAUGUUUAUAUUCUGGCCUCUGCCUUCUUGCAACAGGCCUUGAAGUAGACCAAAUAACUUAAGAGCGGAAAAAUACCCAUUUUUCACAUUUCUGUCACGGUAUAAGGUGUUUAUAACUAUUCUUCCUUCUCUCUUUCCUUAUUUUUCUUUAUUCAAUGUCCGAGUUGCCUUUCUGUUCUUGCUCUCUCAGCUGUUCCUUUUUGAUUUUGUACUGGUAUUUGUGCUGUGCUCUUGCUCUGCUUUGGCGCCUCCUAGUGGAACCUGGAGGAACCAGUGAGUCCCACACCAGGUGGGGAAGGGAAAGGUACUGAACUCUGAAGUAAAGACAGAUAUUUUUUUUUGUACUUGUCCAUGUCUGUUUUUAUUCACAUUUUUAAUUUGUUUGCUAAUUGUUGUAUUAAAAUGAGGGUUGGAAAACCCAAUGAAACAGAUAACAA